CCACUGCCUUCCCCAUUUCUCCUGCUCCCUCAUCCCUCUACCCCCUCCUCGUCCUCCCCACACGCUCCCUGAUGCCUCCCCCCCAGCCCCUCCCCCCAGGCUUUGUGUCGCACCUCGCACCCCAUUGCCCAUGCGCUCACUUCCGCGCUCCGCCCCCUCCCCCCGCCAACAUCGUCGCCCAGGGUAACGGCUUUGGGUGGGAAGGGGGCUGCGAACAACCGCCGCAGCAGAGCGGCCUGUGCGGCUCCAUCUCUCCGCGCCCCGGGACCGAAAGUUUUAAAGGGUAGAAGCUUGGGGCACUGGGAUCUUGAUGAAUUCCUCCAAGAAGAGUGAACUAGAUUUAGAAAAAAGCAUUACCAGUAAGAAAGCAGAAGAAAGCAAGUGGCAAUGUAUCUACCCAAAUGAGAGGAGAGAGAGGAAUCACGUUUAUACUCUUCUUGACAUCAGCAAGAAUGUAUUUGAACAAGAUGAAAGGUCCUUGGAAUAUGUCAUCAGGACAGGAUGGGAAGAAGCUGUGCAAGGCUGGGGUAAAGCUGCUCCUUUUGCCUGCCUUCAGUUGCAAAAGCAAGCCAAGAAAUCAAGGGCAAAUGAAACCAUCAACAGUUGCCUGUUUUGCUUAGAUAUGAGACAAAAUAAUGACAAAAGUGCGAGCCAAGAAACCAAGACUACAAGAGAUCAAUCAAAAUCUGAUUGCAAAUUAAGCACAUGUGCUAUAGAUGAUACCAUUUCAGAAGAGAAAGAAGUUCCAGUCCAUUCCAGUGAGUCUUCCAAUUGUUCUACAACAGAUGGAACUAAGAGAGAAAGUUGUAAUGGCAAGUUAUGCUCUAUUCAGACAUUUCAAGGUGAAAAGAAAAGUUUGCCAGCAAAGGAAUACAGCAUAUGGCAACCAGAAAAAAUGAAAAACCCAGAAGCCCUAAAAAAUAAAGCUGUAAAGACCCCUGAGCCUACUAUGCCUGCUCCAGAUAGCUCUGAAUCUUCAAACUUAAAGUCUUGGUUGGUAUUGCCACCAGUGAAAGAUGCAACACCAAAAGAUAGCGCAGAUCUUCCUUUUAAGAAGAGUAUAGUAGCUAUCUCCCAGGCAAAUCAGAAAACACUCAAUGCUACUUCAGAUGAGACUGCUUCUGGUAGUAAGGGUACUAAAACAAUAGAACAGAAGAUGGGGAAAGAAGCUGACUGUAUCAUUCAUGAUACAGUGAAGGAGAAACAAAUUCACGAACCAUCAUCCUUUAUUUCAAGGCUUCCAAAAGCAUUCCUGCAAGGAGGCCCUGAGCAGUUACAUUGGCCCUGUGCUCUUUGGCCAAAUAGAAAAAUUACAACCACUUCUAAUUUUGUUUCUUUGAGAAAGAACAGUCAUCUUGCUAACAUGCAGUUUCUGCAUACAAAAGGAAUACAGUACACAAAACAUGAUGAGAUCAGAGGUCCUUUCACCAACAGUAUUAAAAACAGAAGUCUCUCAGAGGCCAAGCAAGGAAAUGAAUCAAAAACACAGGCGGUGCCACUCCUUCCUGGACUAUUCCCUUCCUUAACGGUCAGCCAUGUUGCAAUAACCACAAUGUCUUCUAGACUGACCUAACAUUUUUAUACUGUAACUUCAUGUCAUUUUCUUCUAUUUGUUUGAACUCAUUAUAUGAUGAGAAAAGGAUUGAAUAUACAUUGUACUUGUGCUCCUGUGAGCAGACUUGCCAUUUGUUAAUUUCUGUAGGUGCUACUUAUAUGUAUCAGUUUAUACUACUAUGCAUUCCUUCCAAAUAAUUUAAUUUCCGGUUUAUAGAUUAACUAUCUCUGUCUAUGGUAUACAGUAUGCUAAUUCCUCAUUGUCCCAUACUAAUUUAUUUAAGGUUCUACUGGAACUAAGUGCAUUCACCUCAUUCAGGUGCAGCCCUCGUGAACAAUUAGACUGUGGGGCAAGCUGGGGUGUGAAUCUAUCCCAUACCAGUCUGCCCUGCUCUAACUAUUCAUGUACACCGUGCUGCUGUAUGUUAAGUUUGUUAGAGUGCUUUGGGUUAGUCCUCCUUAGCUCAAAGCACUUUAACAACCAUUAAUGCACACAGACAGGUAAGAGAAUGACAGGCUAGCAUAGGGUAGAUUCACAUCCUGGCUUGCCCCUGUCUAAUUCUUCAUGCAGACAAGGCCUAAGUAUGGUCAUAGGGUACUUGGCUCAACAGUGCAUUUUAGCACAAUCUUGAGAUCAUCCCUAUGCAGCAUGCCAUUUAAGAAUGUUCUUUAUUUUAAGGAUGUGCUUCAGUUUCACUGAGAUCCAUUGGGCUGAAUAUUUGCUUAGAUGCUUUGCACAACUGGGACUUAAAAGAGCAGCAGAACUAGUCAAGUAGCCACAGGUGGCA